AUGCGUUCUUGCAAAACGGCUCCUGAACUCCAAGCCCUUGCUGAGAAGAAUCCAGGACGCUUGAUAACGCUAGAAGCCGACUUCACUGUGGAGGAAUCUGUUGAAAUCCUUCGACAAAAGAUUGCUUCCAUGACAUCGACUCUAGACCAAGUUAUCUACGUUGCUGGCGUCUUUAUUGGAUUGACAGCUGUUACGCAAGUAGGCCUGGCAGCAUUGAAGCAGAACAUAGAAGUUAAUGUCUAUGGUGCUUAUUCUGCGGCCGCUGCGUUCAGCUCUUUCCUGCUGAAAUCUGAUUAUCCAAACAGGGUGUUUGUUCUCUUUGGAAGUAGUUUUGGCUCGAUUACUACCGCCAAGGAGAAUUUCGAUUUCCACAAUGCUGCCUUUGGAACAACGGGCAUCAACGCUACUGCUGUUUAUGAUAUUUCCAAGGUCAGUUACAAUUCCUACCAAGCACUGACGUGGAGAUCCUUUUCUGAUGUUUUGACAAAGACCGCGGAAGCGCGUCUAGCGAUCGAAUUUGAUCUGGAGCUUCGCCCUCAGGGUGUCCCUUUUCUUUUAGUCCACCCUGGCUUAGUGCAAACGGAUAUGAAUAAUAAGGGAAUGAUCUCGGUGGACACUAGCGUAGAUGGAUUGGUCAAUGUCAUUGGCAAGUAUUCUGCUGAAAGGAAAGAAAAAUUCCUUGAUUACCGUGGUGAGGAGCUGCCAUGGUGA